AUGGGUAGUGCAGUUGCAGAGAAUGUCUUGGGCACCAUCGGAACGGUGUUAUGGUGUAUCCAAUUGACACCCCAGAUUCUACGAAACUACAAGGCAAAAGACUGCACAGGCUUGCCACCCAUGAUGAUGUUUCUCUGGGCGUUGAGUGGUGUUCCUUUCUCUAUUUAUUUUUUCGGCACAGAUGGGUCGAUUCCGCUUCGGAUCCAGCCGCAGCUCUUCACUUUCUUUUGCAUCAUUUCCUGGGCACAGAGUCUCUAUUACCCACCAGUCAGUAUGAAGAAACUGAAACUUGCACUUUAUGUUGGUGGAUUUGUGAUCUGUGCUAUUGGCGCAGAAGUCGGGUUCAUCUUAUGGCUUCGUCCUCUAUACCGCAGGGGUGUGACGUGGCCUAUGUUGGUGGUUGGCAUUGUCGCAUCUGUGCUUCUAGCAUUAGGACUCGUUCCACCCUACUUUGAGAUAGCAAAGAGAAAGGGCCGGGUUGUAGGGCUCAACUUUUUUUUCUUGGGGAUGGACUCUGCGGGUGCUUUGUUCUCGAUGUUGAGUGUAGUCGUCGGAAACAUGGAUAUCAUGAGUCUUGUGUUGUACGCAAUUGUUCUAGUCAUGGAACUUGGCAUUUUUGGCUGCUAUAUCGGGUGGUAUCUCACGGGAGGAAGAGGCAUACUCAGGGAGGAGAAACGUCAAAGGGAAGAAGAAAUAGAGCGGGAGAAACUUGGCGAUGAGAUGGAUUCCACAGGACUGGAUUCAGAUGUGAAAGCGAGUGAGUUGGAAACGACAAAUCCAGUCGUGGCAUAA